AUGGGCUCCUCGCACGGCAGGCACGGCAGUGCACUGGGCCAGCAUGUGCCGUGCGAGGAGACGCGGGCGCUGCCCCAGGAGCUGAGCGAGGCCCCACCGGAGCGGAGUGUGGCAGCCGGCAUGGCGCACAAGCAGGCAGUGAAUGGACAUGCCACCCCCACAGCUCACCCAGAAGACAUCCCAGGAGGAAGUCACUUCCAUCAGGUCAUGCAGCCUGGCAAGCAGGGACAGACGGAUGUGGAGCCACACAGUGUCAGAGAGGCCCAGCCGGGGACUGGGACCAUUGCUGGGGUGUAUGUGGAGGCUUCCAAGAAGACAAUGAGUUUUUAUGAUGCCACCAGAGAGCAUUUCCUGAUGUCUGAGCCAGCACUUGCUCUUCUGGAGGCUCAGGCAGCCACAGGCUUCCUCAUUGACCCGGUGGGGAACAAGCAGCUCUCCGUGGCAGAGGCUGUGAGAUUGGGGCUGGUAGGCCUGGAGCUGAAAGAAAAGCUGCUGUCUGCAGAGAGAGCAGCAACUGGCUUCAUGGACCCCUACACGGAUGAGAAGAUCUCGCUCUAUCAAGCCAUCCAAAAAGAGCUGCUUGGGCGGGAGCAGGGUGCCCGUUUGCUGGAGGUCCAGAUCGCCACAGGGGGCCUUGUGGAUCCAGUCACCAGCCACCGCGUCCCCAUGGAGGUUACCUACGAGCAGGGACACUUUGGUGACGAGAUGAGCCAGCUCCUCUCUGACCCCAGCUCUGCUGCUGCCAGAGGGUUUCUUGACCCAAACACCAGCGAGAGGGUCACCUAUCGGGAGCUUAAGAAACGGUGCAUCAUCGAUCCGACCACAGGGCUCCUCCUCUUGCCUCUGAAAAUCACCUUCCCGGGGCUGAGAGGGAGAGUGAGCAGCAGUGAGCUGCUCAGCUCCAGCAUCAUCGACAUGGAAACAUUCAGGGCCCUCCAGGAAGGCCGAGUCUCUGUCCAGGAGGUAGCAGAGAUGGACCAUGUCAAGCAGUACCUGGAGGGCACGGGAAGCAUUGCAGGUGUUGCCGUACUGCCUACUGGAGAAAGGAAGAGUCUGUACCAGGCGCUGACAGAGCAUCUCCUCAUGCCAGGCACAGCACUGGCCCUCCUGCAGGCCCAGGCUGCCACCGCCUGCCUGACAGAGCCCACCAAGACCCAGAGACUCUCAGCUGAUGAUGCUGUCAAGGCUGGUGUGGUUGGGCCAGAGCUCUAUGAGAAGCUGUCGUCCGCUGAGAGAGCCGCCACUGGGUACCGAGACCCCUGCACUGGGGAGCUGCUCUCUCUGUUUCAAGCCAUGAGUAAGGGGCUCGUUGCCAGGGACCAGGGGACUUACCUACUAGAGGCCCAGCUGGCCACUGGUGGCCUCAUCGAUCCAGUCCACAAUCACCGUGUCCCAGUGGAGAUGGCCUGCCAACGGGGCUACCUCGAUGAAGACAUGAAGCAGCUCCUCUUCCAUCCCACCCAUGACAUCAAAGGGUUCUUCGACCCCAACACGAAGGAGACCCUGAUGUAUGCAGAGUUAUUGGAGAGGUGCGUCACUGACCCAGACACCGGUCUCUGCCUGCUGCCACUCUUCGGAGAUGAUGGGGAAGGGUCUCGGGGCGUGCAGUCCUUCAUUGACCACAGGACCCGAAUGGCUUUGGAAAACACAACAGUACCUGUAGCCUGUGGCAAAUUCAAGGGGAAGUCGGUGUCGCUCUGGAAACUCCUCUUCUCAGACUACUUCACAAGUGAGCAAAGGGCCACACUUACCCAGCAGUGCCUCACCGCGACUCUCUCCAUGCAGGAACUGGCUAAGACCGUCAGCACCGCCGUUCAGCAAAUGGCUUCCACUGCCAAUAUCACCUUUGAAGGCCUGAGGCACAAGGUGACCCCUAGCCAGCUCUUGAGUGCUGAAAUCAUCAACAGGGAUUUGUUUGAGAAGCUGAGCCAAGGGGAGACAUCAGCCAGAGAAGUUGUCGGCAUGGACACAGUCAGGAAGUACCUGGAAGGGACAGGCAGUAUCAGUGGGCUGCUGCUGCCCGAUUCCCAGGAGAAAAUCAGUAUCUACCAGGCAAAGAGGAAAGGCCUUCUAAUGCCAGGGACGUCCCUCAUCCUCCUCGAGGCACAGGCUGCCACUGGAUUCAUCAUCGACCCAGCUGCUAACAAGAAAUAUUCUGUGGAGGAGGCUCUGCGAGCCAACAUCAUCGGCCCAGAUAUUUACAACAAGCUGCUGGCAGCAGAGAAAGCAGUCACUGGCUACAAAGACCCCUACACUGGCAACAAGAUUUCCCUCUUCCAGGCCAUGAGCAAAGGCCACAUUGUCAAAGACCACGGCAUCCGCCUGCUGGAGGCCCAGAUCGCCACCGGCGGCAUCAUCGAUCCCAUGCACAGUCACCGAAUCCCUGUGGAGGUGGCUUACAAGCGAGGCUACUUCGACAAGAAGAUGAACCUGAUCCUCUCUGACCCCAGCGAUGACACCAAGGGCUUCUUCGACCCCAACACGCACGAGAACCUCACGUACUUGCAGCUGAAGGAGAAGUGCAUCACAGAGCCCUCCACCGGACUCUGCCUCCUCCCUCUGAACAGCAAGAAGCGCCAGUUCAUCGAUGACACCACCAAACAAGCCUUCAGGAGCACCUGGCUCCUCGUGAAGUACGGGAGAUUCCGAGGAGAAAGGGUCUCCGUGUGGGACCUGUUGAAUUCUGAGUAUUUCAGCGAGGGAAAGCGGCGGGAGAUAUUUAAUCACUACCAGCUGCGGAAGCUCACUCUGGAGCAGAUCAGACUCAUGUUGGAGGAAGAGAUGAAAAAAUGGGCCCACAUCAAAUUCCCAGCCAUGAGAGGCAGCGUCACGGCCUACCACCUGCUAGAAACUGGCAUCAUAGACAAGGCCCUAUUUGAGAGGGUGCUGGAGGGAGCCGUGAGCCCGGAGGAUGUCCUGCGCAUGGACUCUGUCCAUAAAUACCUCUAUGGCUCUGGCAGCAUCGGGGGGAUUGUGCUCCAGCCAUCAAACCAGAGAAUGAGCAUCUAUGAAGCCAUGAAGCAGAAGAUUGUGAUGCCAGGGGUGGCUCUCCCACUGCUUGAGGCCCAGGCCGCUACUGGUUUCGUCAUUGACCCAGUGAACAACCAGAAGCUGUGCGUUGAUGAAGCUGUAAGGGAAGGGGUUAUUGGGCCAGAACUCCAUGAGAAACUGCAGCACGCGGAAGGAGCCGUAAUGGGCUAUAAAGACCCUUUCACUGGGGAAAAGAUCUCCAUCUUCCAAGCCAUGAAGAAGGGCCUCAUCACCAACAAACAGGCUGUUCAGCUCAUGGAAGCCCAGAUUGCCACAGGAGGCAUCAUUGACCCCCACCGCGGCCACUAUGUCCCUGUGGAAUUUGCCCAGAAACAAGGCUACUUGGAUGAGGACAUGAGCAAAACCCUCUCUAGUGCCUCUGACAAUACCAGGGUCUACUGCGUUCCCAACAGCAAGGAGCCUGUGACCUACGCUCAGCUCAUCGCACGCUGCCAGAAGGACAAAAACUCUGGCCUCCACUUGCUGCCUUUGCCACAGACAGCGAUGCCUGUCCGCACGGAUGAACAGAUCCAGCAGCUAUUCAAGGAGACCAUGGUGAAGGAGAAAGGAGUCUCCCUCUGGGAGCUGAUCCACUCUGGCUACUUCACUGAGGAGCAGAGAAAUGACUUUGUGGAGAAGUACCGGUCUGAGGACGUGUCUGUCUGGCAGCUGGUCACUCUUGUCCUGAAGCUUGUUGAGGAAAUAGAGAUGAAAGCCCAUACCCACAUCACCUUCGAAGGCCUCAGGGGCAGCGUGCCUGCCGUCUGGCUGCUCGAUGCUGGCAUCAUUACCGAGAAGACGUUCGAGGAUCUGGCUCAGGGAACACGAACAGCCAGAGAAGUAGGCGAGAUGGAGAGCGUGAAGAGAUACUUACAGGGCACGGGGAGCAUUGCUGGGAUUUUCAUACAGGCCUCCAAGAAGAGGAUGAGCAUUUACCAAGCAAUGAAAAACAAUCUCCUCCUGCCAGGGACAGGGGUGUUGUUGCUAGAGGCUCAAGCAGCUACAGGAGCUGUUAUAGACCCAGUAACAAACCAGAAACUUGGUGUGGAGGAGGCGGUCAAAGCAGCCAUUGUCGGUGAGGAACUCAUGGAGAAGCUGCUUCUAGCAGAGAGAGCAGUGACCGGUUACACAGACCCAUACACGGGGAACUCAAUCUCAGUCUGUCAAGCAAUCAGGAAAGGCCUCAUUCCCAUGAGCGAUGGUGUUCGCUUAAUAGAGGCCCAGCUGGCUACAGGAGGGGUCAUCGAUCCCAUCCACCAUCAUCAUCUUCCUCUUCCUGCUGCCUACAUGCACGGCUUUUAUGAUGAAGAAAUGAACCAGGCCCUAUCCCAGCCCACUGACAACACCAAAGUCUUCUUUGAUCCAAACACAAAGGAAAACUUGACCUACCAGCAGCUGAAAGACAGGUGUGUCCCUGAUGCUGGGACAGACCUCUGGCUGCUACCUCUGUCUGAAACUGCAGCAUUCUAUGUGGACAAACAAACCAUGGAGGUGCUGAAAUCUGUGACAGUCUGUGUUGCAGUAGGACGGUUCAAAGGGCAGACAGUUUCCGUCUGGGACCUUCUCAACUCCGAGUACAUCACAGACUGCAAGCAGAGAGAGCUGGUGGAACUAUACAAACAGGAGAAUGCUGUGGCCCUGCAAGAAAUCAUCACCACCGUUACCACAAUCAUUGAAGAAACUGAGAAGCAAGGCAAGAGGUUCACGUUCAAGGGCCUGCGGAAGCAGGUGUCUGCCAGCGACCUCUUCCAGUCUCAGCUGAUAGACAAGAAAACCCUGGAUGAACUCAAGCAGGGACAGAAAACUGUCAAAGAAGUCACGGAGAUGGACUCCGUCCGGAGAUACCUGGAGGGGGGUAACUUCAUAGCUGGAGUCCUAGUACAGCCAGCCAAUGAGAAGAUGAGCAUCUACCAGGCUAUGACGAGAGGAAUGCUGAGGCCGGGCACUGCGCUGGUGUUGCUGGAGGCACAGGCUGCCACCGGGUUUGUUAUUGACCCGGUGAAGAACAAGAGGCUGUCAGUGGAGGAGGCACUCGCUGCUGGGCUCAUUGGACAACAGGUCUAUGAGAAGCUGCUGUCAGCAGAGAGAGCAGUGACUGGAUACACUGACCCCUGCACAAAAGGCCAAAUCUCCCUCUUCGAAGCCAUGAACCAGGGGCUGAUCCUCAAGAGCCACGGCAUCCGCCUGCUGGAGGCCCAGAUCGCCACCGGCGGCAUCAUCGACCCCGUGCACAGUCACCGCCUCCCCGUGGAGGUGGCUUACAAGCGGGGCUACUUCGACGAAGAGAUGAACCGGAUCCUCUCUGACCCCAGCGACGACACCAAGGGCUUCUUCGACCCCAACACGCAGGAGAACCUCACCUACAUGCAGCUCCUGGAGAGAUGUGUGCAAGACCCUGAGACUGGACUGUACAUGCUCCAAAUAGUAAAGCAUGGGGGGACAUACUUCUAUAUCGAUGAGUCAAUGAAACAAUUUUUACACUCAAAACCCAUUAAAAUGCAAGUUGGGAAGUUCAAAGGCCAAACUGUGUCCCUCUGGGACCUGCUCUGCUCUCAGUACAUCUCAGAACAGAAAAGAAAAGAACUGGUGAAGCAAUAUAAAUGUGAAACUCUGACAAUAGAACAGCUCAUCACAGUUAUCACCACCAUCAUUGAGGAAAUGGAACUCAGAACCCAAGCCCUUCAGGUUAAAGGACUCAGAGGACAUGUAUCUGUGUCAGAGUUAUUCAACGCUGAGAUCAUUGACAAGACAACACUGGACAAUCUGCAAAAAGGAACUCUCACAGUCCAUAAACUGACACAAAUGGACUCUGUCAAGAGGUAUCUGGAAGGAACGGGCGGCAUUGCUGGAGUUCUGCUGCCAGCCAAGAAAGAGAAGAUGAGCAUCUACCAUGCCCUAGAGAGGGGUUUCCUAAAACCAGAAUCAGCGCUGGUACUGCUGGAGGCGCAGGCUGCCAGCGGCUUUAUCACUGACCCGCUGAAGAACGAGAAGCUGUCCGUCGAUGAAGCCGUCUCCACCGGCCUGGUGGGCCGUGAGAUUCACGAGAAGCUGCUCUCUGCAGAGAGAGCAGUGACCGGAUACACUGACCCCUACACAGGCAACAAGAUCUCCCUCUUCCAGGCCAUGAAGAGAGACCUGAUAGUCAAGGACCACGGCAUCCCGCUGCUGGAGGCCCAGAUCGCCACCGGCGGCAUCAUCGACCCCGUGCACAGUCACCGCCUCCCCGUGGAGGUGGCUUACAAGCGGGGAUAUUUGGACGAUGACACAUUUCUUCUUCUUUCUGAUCCAGAACAUGGCAACAGAAGAUUUAUGGAUCCUAACACCCAUGAAAAACUCAGUUAUGCCCAGCUCCUGCAGAGAUGUAGCAAAGACCCAGACACAGGACUGUGCCUGCUCCAGAUAACAGAAAAGAAGGAAGACUAUUUCUACAUUGAUGAGCAAACAAAAAACACAAUGUUAUUAACCAUGGUUCAAGUACCAGUACGGAAAUACGAAGGACAUACUCCAUCUCUAUGGGAACUUCUGUGUUCUGACUAUAUAAGUGAGGAACAGAGGAAGGAAUUGGUAAAACAAUACAAAAAAGAAUGCACAGCUAUCCUACAAAAGAUCACUGAUACAAUCUUAACCAUUAUACAUGAAAAAGAGAGGAGCAGACAAGAUAUAUGGUUCCAGGGAAUAAGACAACAAGUCACUGCAUCAGAACUAUUCAAUGCACAGAUAAUUACAAAAGACACAAUGGUAAAUCUAGACGAAGGAAAACAGACUGCAAAAGAUAUAGCAAAGAUGGAUUCUGUAAAGAGAUACCUCGAAGGAACUAGCUGCAUCGCCGGAGUCCUUGUGCCAUCCAACACGGACCCGUCCAAGACAGAGAAGAUGAGCAUCUACCAGGCCAUGGGGAAGGGGAUUCUGAGGCCGGGCACCGCGCUGGUGCUGCUGGAGGCGCAGGCUGCCAGCGGCUUUAUCACUGACCCGCUGAAGAACGAGAAGCUGUCCGUCGAUGAAGCCGUCUCCGCCGGCCUGGUGGGCCGUGAGAUUCACGAGAAGCUGCUCUCUGCAGAGAGAGCAGUGACCGGAUACACUGACCCCUACACAGGCAACAAGAUCUCCCUCUUCCAGGCCAUGAAGAGAGACCUGAUAGUCAAGGACCACGGCAUCCGCCUGCUGGAGGCCCAGAUCGCCACCGGCGGCAUCAUCGACCCCGUGCACAGUCACCGCCUCCCCGUGGAGGUGGCUUACAAGCGGGGCUACUUCGACGAAGAGAUGAACCGGAUCCUCUCUCACCCCAGCGACGACACCAAGGGCUUCUUCGACCCCAACACGCACGAGAACCUCACCUACAUGCAGCUCCUCAGCAGAUGCGUCCCAGACCCAGACACGGGGCUCCUGAUGCUUCAGCUGAUGCACAAAGGCUCCGUGCUCUUCCAGCUAGAUGAAAAAACACGAAUCUCCUUACAGUCUGCCCCUGCCAGCGUCAGCGUGGGACUCUUCCAGGGGCAGAACGUGACCGUGUGGGAGCUUCUCUUCUCCAGAUACGUCCCUGACCAAAAAAGGCAGGAGCUUCUGAGGAAGUACAAAGCGGGGACGCUAACCAUUCAGGAAAUGACAACCAUCAUCACCGCCCUCAUCACCGAGGCAGAGCAAAAGAGCAGCAGAGAGCCCAGGCACGUGAAAAGUCCGAGCACGCAACGGGCAACGUCACAGAACGCCGAGGCUGCCCGUUCGCAGAGAGACGAAAAACGGGAGAAGGCCUUGAAGACUACGACAGUCGACGGGCCGGGGGGCGAGUUCCAAGGGCGAAAGGUCUCUGUGUGGGAUCUGCUCUUCUCCAAAUACGUCCUUGAAGAGAAAAGACAAGAGCUUCUAAAGAAGUACAAAGCAGGGACGCUAACCAUUCAAGAAAUGAUCACCGUCGUCACCACCCUCAUCACCGAGAGAGAGAAAAAGAGCGGCCAACAGCCCGGAGGCGUGGAAGGCCCCUGCCGAGAGGAGAGAACAUCCGGGAGAGCUGCCAGCGCCCCUUCUCCACAGGACCAACAAGCGGAAAAGACUCUCCGGCUCGCGACCGUCGAUGUAUCGGUCGGCGAGUUCCAAGGGCGAAAGGUCUCCGUGUGGGAACUUCUCUUCUCCAAAUACCUCUCGGAAGAGAAAAGGCAGGAGCUCCUGGAGCAGUACCGAGCAGGGACGGUGACUCUGGAGGAGCUGGUCAGAAUCCUCACCACCAUCGUUGAGGAGACAGAAGAGAGAAGCAGCAAAGUGAAGUUCUCAGGCCUCAGGAGGCAGGUGACUGCCUCAGAGCUGUUCAGCUCUGACAUUAUUGACCAGAACACGCUGACUGAACUCACCCAGGGCACCAAGACGGUGCAGGAGAUCACGGAAAUGGAUUCCGUAAAGAGAUACCUCGAAGGAACUAGCUGCAUCGCCGGAGUCCUUGUGCCGUCCAACACGGACCCGUCCAAGACAGAGAAGAUGAGCAUCUACCAGGCCAUGGGGAAGGGGAUUCUGAGGCCGGGCACCGCGCUGGUGCUGCUGGAGGCGCAGGCUGCCAGCGGCUUUAUCACUGACCCUCUGAAGAACGAGAAGCUGUCCGUCGAUGAAGCCGUCUCCGCCGGCCUGGUGGGCCGUGAGAUUCACGAGAAGCUGCUCUCUGCAGAGAGAGCAGUGACCGGAUACACUGACCCCUACACAGGCAACAAGAUCUCCCUCUUCCAGGCCAUGAAGAGAGACCUGAUAGUCAAGGACCACGGCAUCCGCCUGCUGGAGGCCCAGAUCGCCACCGGCGGCAUCAUCGACCCCGUGCACAGUCACCGCCUCCCCGUGGAGAUGGCUUACAAGCGGGGCUACUUCGACGAAGAGAUGAACCGGAUCCUCUCUGACCCCAGCGACGACACCAAGGGCUUCUUCGACCCCAACACGCACGAGAACCUCACCUACAUGCAGCUCCUCAGCAGAUGCGUCCCAGACCCAGACACGGGGCUCCUGAUGCUUCAGCUGAUGCACAAAGGCUCCGUGCUCUUCCAGCUAGAUGAAAAAACACGAAUCUCCUUACAGUCUGCCCCUGCCAGCGUCAGCGUGGGACUCUUCCAGGGGCAGAACGUGACCGUGUGGGAGCUUCUCUUCUCCAGAUACGUCCCUGACCAAAAAAGGCAGGAGCUUCUGAGGAAGUACAAAGCGGGGACGCUAACCAUUCAGGAAAUGACAACCAUCAUCACCGCCCUCAUCACCGAGGCAGAGCAAAAGAGCAGCAGAGAGCCCAGGCACGUGAAAAGUCCGAGCACGCAACGGGCAACGUCACAGAACGCCGAGGCUGCCCGUUCGCAGAGAGACGAAAAACGGGAGAAGGCCUUGAAGACUACGACAGUCGACGGGCCGGGGGGCGAGUUCCAAGGGCGAAAGGUCUCUGUGUGGGAUCUGCUCUUCUCCAAAUACGUCCUUGAAGAGAAAAGACAAGAGCUUCUAAAGAAGUACAAAGCAGGGACGCUAACCAUUCAAGAAAUGAUCACCGUCGUCACCACCCUCAUCACCGAGAGAGAGAAAAAGAGCGGCCAACAGCCCGGAGGCGUGGAAGGCCCCUGCCGAGAGGAGAGAACAUCCGGGAGAGCUGCCAGCGCCCCUUCUCCACAGGACCAACAAGCGGAAAAGACUCUCCGGCUCGCGACCGUCGAUGUAUCGGUCGGCGAGUUCCAAGGGCGAAAGGUCUCCGUGUGGGAACUUCUCUUCUCCAAAUACCUCUCGGAAGAGAAAAGGCAGGAGCUCCUGGAGCAGUACCGAGCAGGGACGGUGACUCUGGAGGAGCUGGUCAGAAUCCUCACCACCAUCGUUGAGGAGACAGAAGAGAGAAGCAGCAAAGUGAAGUUCUCAGGCCUCAGGAGGCAGGUGACUGCCUCAGAGCUGUUCAGCUCUGACAUUAUUGACCAGAACACGCUGACUGAACUCACCCAGGGCACCAAGACGGUGCAGGAGAUCACGGAAAUGGAUUCCGUAAAGAGAUACCUCGAAGGAACUAGCUGCAUCGCCGGAGUCCUUGUGCCGUCCAACACGGACCCGUCCAAGACAGAGAAGAUGAGCAUCUACCAGGCCAUGGGGAAGGGGAUUCUGAGGCCGGGCACCGCGCUGGUGCUGCUGGAGGCGCAGGCUGCCAGCGGCUUUAUCACUGACCCGCUGAAGAACGAGAAGCUGUCCGUCGAUGAAGCCGUCUCCGCCGGCCUGGUGGGCCGUGAGAUUCACGAGAAGCUGCUCUCUGCAGAGAGAGCAGUGACCGGAUACACUGACCCCUACACAGGCAACAAGAUCUCCCUCUUCCAGGCCAUGAAGAGAGACCUGAUAGUCAAGGACCACGGCAUCCGCCUGCUGGAGGCCCAGAUCGCCACCGGCGGCAUCAUCGACCCCGUGCACAGUCACCGCCUCCCCGUGGAGGUGGCUUACAAGCGGGGCUACUUCGACGAAGAGAUGAACCGGAUCCUCUCUGACCCCAGCGACGACACCAAGGGCUUCUUCGACCCCAACACGCACGAGAACCUCACCUACAUGCAGCUCCUCAGCAGAUGCGUCCCAGACCCAGACACGGGGCUCCUGAUGCUUCAGCUGAUGCACAAAGGCUCCGUGCUCUUCCAGCUAGAUGAAAAAACACGAAUCUCCUUACAGUCUGCCCCUGCCAGCGUCAGCGUGGGACUCUUCCAGGGGCAGAACGUGACCGUGUGGGAGCUUCUCUUCUCCAGAUACGUCCCUGACCAAAAAAGGCAGGAGCUUCUGAGGAAGUACAAAGCGGGGACGCUAACCAUUCAGGAAAUGACAACCAUCAUCACCGCCCUCAUCACCGAGGCAGAGCAAAAGAGCAGCAGAGAGCCCAGGCACGUGAAAAGUCCGAGCACGCAACGGGCAACGUCACAGAACGCCGAGGCUGCCCGUUCGCAGAGAGACGAAAAACGGGAGAAGGCCUUGAAGACUACGACAGUCGACGGGCCGGGGGGCGAGUUCCAAGGGCGAAAGGUCUCUGUGUGGGAUCUGCUCUUCUCCAAAUACGUCCUUGAAGAGAAAAGACAAGAGCUUCUAAAGAAGUACAAAGCAGGGACGCUAACCAUUCAAGAAAUGAUCACCGUCGUCACCACCCUCAUCACCGAGAGAGAGAAAAAGAGCGGCCAACAGCCCGGAGGCGUGGAAGGCCCCUGCCGAGAGGAGAGAACAUCCGGGAGAGCUGCCAGCGCCCCUUCUCCACAGGACCAACAAGCGGAAAAGACUCUCCGGCUCGCGACCGUCGAUGUAUCGGUCGGCGAGUUCCAAGGGCGAAAGGUCUCCGUGUGGGAACUUCUCUUCUCCAAAUACCUCUCGGAAGAGAAAAGGCAGGAGCUCCUGGAGCAGUACCGAGCAGGGACGGUGACUCUGGAGGAGCUGGUCAGAAUCCUCACCACCAUCGUUGAGGAGACAGAAGAGAGAAGCAGCAAAGUGAAGUUCUCAGGCCUCAGGAGGCAGGUGACUGCCUCAGAGCUGUUCAGCUCUGACAUUAUUGACCAGAACACGCUGACUGAACUCACCCAGGGCACCAAGACGGUGCAGGAGAUCACGGAAAUGGAUUCCGUAAAGAGAUACCUCGAAGGAACUAGCUGCAUCGCCGGAGUCCUUGUGCCGUCCAACACGGACCCGUCCAAGACAGAGAAGAUGAGCAUCUACCAGGCCAUGGGGAAGGGGAUUCUGAGGCCGGGCACCGCGCUGGUGCUGCUGGAGGCGCAGGCUGCCAGCGGCUUUAUCACUGACCCGCUGAAGAACGAGAAGCUGUCCGUCGAUGAAGCCGUCUCCGCCGGCCUGGUGGGCCGUGAGAUUCACGAGAAGCUGCUCUCUGCAGAGAGAGCAGUGACCGGAUACACUGACCCCUACACAGGCAACAAGAUCUCCCUCUUCCAGGCCAUGAAGAGAGACCUGAUAGUCAAGGACCACGGCAUCCGCCUGCUGGAGGCCCAGAUCGCCACCGGCGGCAUCAUCGACCCCGUGCACAGUCACCGCCUCCCCGUGGAGGUGGCUUACAAGCGGGGCUACUUCGACGAAGAGAUGAACCGGAUCCUCUCUGACCCCAGCGACGACACCAAGGGCUUCUUCGACCCCAACACGCACGAGAACCUCACCUACAUGCAGCUCCUCAGCAGAUGCGUCCCAGACCCAGACACGGGGCUCCUGAUGCUUCAGCUGAUGCACAAAGGCUCCGUGCUCUUCCAGCUAGAUGAAAAAACACGAAUCUCCUUACAGUCUGCCCCUGCCAGCGUCAGCGUGGGACUCUUCCAGGGGCAGAACGUGACCGUGUGGGAGCUUCUCUUCUCCAGAUACGUCCCUGACCAAAAAAGGCAGGAGCUUCUGAGGAAGUACAAAGCGGGGACGCUAACCAUUCAGGAAAUGACAACCAUCAUCACCGCCCUCAUCACCGAGGCAGAGCAAAAGAGCAGCAGAGAGCCCAGGCACGUGAAAAGUCCGAGCACGCAACGGGCAACGUCACAGAACGCCGAGGCUGCCCGUUCGCAGAGAGACGAAAAACGGGAGAAGGCCUUGAAGACUACGACAGUCGACGGGCCGGGGGGCGAGUUCCAAGGGCGAAAGGUCUCUGUGUGGGAUCUGCUCUUCUCCAAAUACGUCCUUGAAGAGAAAAGACAAGAGCUUCUAAAGAAGUACAAAGCAGGGACGCUAACCAUUCAAGAAAUGAUCACCGUCGUCACCACCCUCAUCACCGAGAGAGAGAAAAAGAGCGGCCAACAGCCCGGAGGCGUGGAAGGCCCCUGCCGAGAGGAGAGAACAUCCGGGAGAGCUGCCAGCGCCCCUUCUCCACAGGACCAACAAGCGGAAAAGACUCUCCGGCUCGCGACCGUCGAUGUAUCGGUCGGCGAGUUCCAAGGGCGAAAGGUCUCCGUGUGGGAACUUCUCUUCUCCAAAUACCUCUCGGAAGAGAAAAGGCAGGAGCUCCUGGAGCAGUACCGAGCAGGGACGGUGACUCUGGAGGAGCUGGUCAGAAUCCUCACCACCAUCGUUGAGGAGACAGAAGAGAGAAGCAGCAAAGUGAAGUUCUCAGGCCUCAGGAGGCAGGUGACUGCCUCAGAGCUGUUCAGCUCUGACAUUAUUGACCAGAACACGCUGACUGAACUCACCCAGGGCACCAAGACGGUGCAGGAGAUCACGGAAAUGGAUUCCGUAAAGAGAUACCUCGAAGGAACUAGCUGCAUCGCCGGAGUCCUUGUGCCGUCCAACACGGACCCGUCCAAGACAGAGAAGAUGAGCAUCUACCAGGCCAUGGGGAAGGGGAUUCUGAGGCCGGGCACCGCGCUGGUGCUGCUGGAGGCGCAGGCUGCCAGCGGCUUUAUCACUGACCCGCUGAAGAACGAGAAGCUGUCCGUCGAUGAAGCCGUCUCCGCCGGCCUGGUGGGCCGUGAGAUUCACGAGAAGCUGCUCUCUGCAGAGAGAGCAGUGACCGGAUACACUGACCCCUACACAGGCAACAAGAUCUCCCUCUUCCAGGCCAUGAAGAGAGACCUGAUAGUCAAGGACCACGGCAUCCGCCUGCUGGAGGCCCAGAUCGCCACCGGCGGCAUCAUCGACCCCGUGCACAGUCACCGCCUCCCCGUGGAGGUGGCUUACAAGCGGGGCUACUUCGACGAAGAGAUGAACCGGAUCCUCUCUGACCCCAGCGACGACACCAAGGGCUUCUUCGACCCCAACACGCACGAGAACCUCACCUACAUGCAGCUCCUCAGCAGAUGCGUCCCAGACCCAGACACGGGGCUCCUGAUGCUUCAGCUGAUGCACAAAGGCUCCGUGCUCUUCCAGCUAGAUGAAAAAACACGAAUCUCCUUACAGUCUGCCCCUGCCAGCGUCAGCGUGGGACUCUUCCAGGGGCAGAACGUGACCGUGUGGGAGCUUCUCUUCUCCAGAUACGUCCCUGACCAAAAAAGGCAGGAGCUUCUGAGGAAGUACAAAGCGGGGACGCUAACCAUUCAGGAAAUGACAACCAUCAUCACCGCCCUCAUCACCGAGGCAGAGCAAAAGAGCAGCAGAGAGCCCAGGCACGUGAAAAGUCCGAGCACGCAACGGGCAACGUCACAGAACGCCGAGGCUGCCCGUUCGCAGAGAGACGAAAAACGGGAGAAGGCCUUGAAGACUACGACAGUCGACGGGCCGGGGGGCGAGUUCCAAGGGCGAAAGGUCUCUGUGUGGGAUCUGCUCUUCUCCAAAUACGUCCUUGAAGAGAAAAGACAAGAGCUUCUAAAGAAGUACAAAGCAGGGACGCUAACCAUUCAAGAAAUGAUCACCGUCGUCACCACCCUCAUCACCGAGAGAGAGAAAAAGAGCGGCCAACAGCCCGGAGGCGUGGAAGGCCCCUGCCGAGAGGAGAGAACAUCCGGGAGAGCUGCCAGCGCCCCUUCUCCACAGGACCAACAAGCGGAAAAGACUCUCCGGCUCGCGACCGUCGAUGUAUCGGUCGGCGAGUUCCAAGGGCGAAAGGUCUCCGUGUGGGAACUUCUCUUCUCCAAAUACCUCUCGGAAGAGAAAAGGCAGGAGCUCCUGGAGCAGUACCGAGCAGGGACGGUGACUCUGGAGGAGCUGGUCAGAAUCCUCACCACCAUCGUUGAGGAGACAGAAGAGAGAAGCAGCAAAGUGAAGUUCUCAGGCCUCAGGAGGCAGGUGACUGCCUCAGAGCUGUUCAGCUCUGACAUUAUUGACCAGAACACGCUGACUGAACUCACCCAGGGCACCAAGACGGUGCAGGAGAUCACGGAAAUGGAUUCCGUAAAGAGAUACCUCGAAGGAACUAGCUGCAUCGCCGGAGUCCUUGUGCCGUCCAACACGGACCCGUCCAAGACAGAGAAGAUGAGCAUCUACCAGGCCAUGGGGAAGGGGAUUCUGAGGCCGGGCACCGCGCUGGUGCUGCUGGAGGCGCAGGCUGCCAGCGGCUUUAUCACUGACCCGCUGAAGAACGAGAAGCUGUCCGUCGAUGAAGCCGUCUCCGCCGGCCUGGUGGGCCGUGAGAUUCACGAGAAGCUGCUCUCUGCAGAGAGAGCAGUGACCGGAUACACUGACCCCUACACAGGCAACAAGAUCUCCCUCUUCCAGGCCAUGAAGAGAGACCUGAUAGUCAAGGACCACGGCAUCCGCCUGCUGGAGGCCCAGAUCGCCACCGGCGGCAUCAUCGACCCCGUGCACAGUCACCGCCUCCCCGUGGAGGUGGCUUACAAGCGGGGCUACUUCGACGAAGAGAUGAACCGGAUCCUCUCUGACCCCAGCGACGACACCAAGGGCUUCUUCGACCCCAACACGCACGAGAACCUCACCUACAUGCAGCUCCUCAGCAGAUGCGUCCCAGACCCAGACACGGGGCUCCUGAUGCUUCAGCUGAUGCACAAAGGCUCCGUGCUCUUCCAGCUAGAUGAAAAAACACGAAUCUCCUUACAGUCUGCCCCUGCCAGCGUCAGCGUGGGACUCUUCCAGGGGCAGAACGUGACCGUGUGGGAGCUUCUCUUCUCCAGAUACGUCCCUGACCAAAAAAGGCAGGAGCUUCUGAGGAAGUACAAAGCGGGGACGCUAACCAUUCAGGAAAUGACAACCAUCAUCACCGCCCUCAUCACCGAGGCAGAGCAAAAGAGCAGCAGAGAGCCCAGGCACGUGAAAAGUCCGAGCACGCAACGGGCAACGUCACAGAACGCCGAGGCUGCCCGUUCGCAGAGAGACGAAAAACGGGAGAAGGCCUUGAAGACUACGACAGUCGACGGGCCGGGGGGCGAGUUCCAAGGGCGAAAGGUCUCUGUGUGGGAUCUGCUCUUCUCCAAAUACGUCCUUGAAGAGAAAAGACAAGAGCUUCUAAAGAAGUACAAAGCAGGGACGCUAACCAUUCAAGAAAUGAUCACCGUCGUCACCACCCUCAUCACCGAGAGAGAGAAAAAGAGCGGCCAACAGCCCGGAGGCGUGGAAGGCCCCUGCCGAGAGGAGAGAACAUCCGGGAGAGCUGCCAGCGCCCCUUCUCCACAGGACCAACAAGCGGAAAAGACUCUCCGGCUCGCGACCGUCGAUGUAUCGGUCGGCGAGUUCCAAGGGCGAAAGGUCUCCGUGUGGGAACUUCUCUUCUCCAAAUACCUCUCGGAAGAGAAAAGGCAGGAGCUCCUGGAGCAGUACCGAGCAGGGACGGUGACUCUGGAGGAGCUGGUCAGAAUCCUCACCACCAUCGUUGAGGAGACAGAAGAGAGAAGCAGCAAAGUGAAGUUCUCAGGCCUCAGGAGGCAGGUGACUGCCUCAGAGCUGUUCAGCUCUGACAUUAUUGACCAGAACACGCUGACUGAACUCACCCAGGGCACCAAGACGGUGCAGGAGAUCACGGAAAUGGAUUCCGUAAAGAGAUACCUCGAAGGAACUAGCUGCAUCGCCGGAGUCCUUGUGCCGUCCAACACGGACCCGUCCAAGACAGAGAAGAUGAGCAUCUACCAGGCCAUGGGGAAGGGGAUUCUGAGGCCGGGCACCGCGCUGGUGCUGCUGGAGGCGCAGGCUGCCAGCGGCUUUAUCACUGACCCGCUGAAGAACGAGAAGCUGUCCGUCGAUGAAGCCGUCUCCGCCGGCCUGGUGGGCCGUGAGAUUCACGAGAAGCUGCUCUCUGCAGAGAGAGCAGUGACCGGAUACACUGACCCCUACACAGGCAACAAGAUCUCCCUCUUCCAGGCCAUGAAGAGAGACCUGAUAGUCAAGGACCACGGCAUCCGCCUGCUGGAGGCCCAGAUCGCCACCGGCGGCAUCAUCGACCCCGUGCACAGUCACCGCCUCCCCGUGGAGGUGGCUUACAAGCGGGGCUACUUCGACGAAGAGAUGAACCGGAUCCUCUCUGACCCCAGCGACGACACCAAGGGCUUCUUCGACCCCAACACGCACGAGAACCUCACCUACAUGCAGCUCCUCAGCAGAUGCGUCCCAGACCCAGACACGGGGCUCCUGAUGCUUCAGCUGAUGCACAAAGGCUCCGUGCUCUUCCAGCUAGAUGAAAAAACACGAAUCUCCUUACAGUCUGCCCCUGCCAGCGUCAGCGUGGGACUCUUCCAGGGGCAGAACGUGACCGUGUGGGAGCUUCUCUUCUCCAGAUACGUCCCUGACCAAAAAAGGCAGGAGCUUCUGAGGAAGUACAAAGCGGGGACGCUAACCAUUCAGGAAAUGACAACCAUCAUCACCGCCCUCAUCACCGAGGCAGAGCAAAAGAGCAGCAGAGAGCCCAGGCACGUGAAAAGUCCGAGCACGCAACGGGCAACGUCACAGAACGCCGAGGCUGCCCGUUCGCAGAGAGACGAAAAACGGGAGAAGGCCUUGAAGACUACGACAGUCGACGGGCCGGGGGGCGAGUUCCAAGGGCGAAAGGUCUCUGUGUGGGAUCUGCUCUUCUCCAAAUACGUCCUUGAAGAGAAAAGACAAGAGCUUCUAAAGAAGUACAAAGCAGGGACGCUAACCAUUCAAGAAAUGAUCACCGUCGUCACCACCCUCAUCACCGAGAGAGAGAAAAAGAGCGGCCAACAGCCCGGAGGCGUGGAAGGCCCCUGCCGAGAGGAGAGAACAUCCGGGAGAGCUGCCAGCGCCCCUUCUCCACAGGACCAACAAGCGGAAAAGACUCUCCGGCUCGCGACCGUCGAUGUAUCGGUCGGCGAGUUCCAAGGGCGAAAGGUCUCCGUGUGGGAACUUCUCUUCUCCAAAUACCUCUCGGAAGAGAAAAGGCAGGAGCUCCUGGAGCAGUACCGAGCAGGGACGGUGACUCUGGAGGAGCUGGUCAGAAUCCUCACCACCAUCGUUGAGGAGACAGAAGAGAGAAGCAGCAAAGUGAAGUUCUCAGGCCUCAGGAGGCAGGUGACUGCCUCAGAGCUGUUCAGCUCUGACAUUAUUGACCAGAACACGCUGACUGAACUCACCCAGGGCACCAAGACGGUGCAGGAGAUCACGGAAAUGGAUUCCGUAAAGAGAUACCUCGAAGGAACUAGCUGCAUCGCCGGAGUCCUUGUGCCGUCCAACACGGACCCGUCCAAGACAGAGAAGAUGAGCAUCUACCAGGCCAUGGGGAAGGGGAUUCUGAGGCCGGGCACCGCGCUGGUGCUGCUGGAGGCGCAGGCUGCCAGCGGCUUUAUCACUGACCCGCUGAAGAACGAGAAGCUGUCCGUCGAUGAAGCCGUCUCCGCCGGCCUGGUGGGCCGUGAGAUUCACGAGAAGCUGCUCUCUGCAGAGAGAGCAGUGACCGGAUACACUGACCCCUACACAGGCAACAAGAUCUCCCUCUUCCAGGCCAUGAAGAGAGACCUGAUAGUCAAGGACCACGGCAUCCGCCUGCUGGAGGCCCAGAUCGCCACCGGCGGCAUCAUCGACCCCGUGCACAGUCACCGCCUCCCCGUGGAGGUGGCUUACAAGCGGGGCUACUUCGACGAAGAGAUGAACCGGAUCCUCUCUGACCCCAGCGACGACACCAAGGGCUUCUUCGACCCCAACACGCACGAGAACCUCACCUACAUGCAGCUCCUCAGCAGAUGCGUCCCAGACCCAGACACGGGGCUCCUGAUGCUUCAGCUGAUGCACAAAGGCUCCGUGCUCUUCCAGCUAGAUGAAAAAACACGAAUCUCCUUACAGUCUGCCCCUGCCAGCGUCAGCGUGGGACUCUUCCAGGGGCAGAACGUGACCGUGUGGGAGCUUCUCUUCUCCAGAUACGUCCCUGACCAAAAAAGGCAGGAGCUUCUGAGGAAGUACAAAGCGGGGACGCUAACCAUUCAGGAAAUGACAACCAUCAUCACCGCCCUCAUCACCGAGGCAGAGCAAAAGAGCAGCAGAGAGCCCAGGCACGUGAAAAGUCCGAGCACGCAACGGGCAACGUCACAGAACGCCGAGGCUGCCCGUUCGCAGAGAGACGAAAAACGGGAGAAGGCCUUGAAGACUACGACAGUCGACGGGCCGGGGGGCGAGUUCCAAGGGCGAAAGGUCUCUGUGUGGGAUCUGCUCUUCUCCAAAUACGUCCUUGAAGAGAAAAGACAAGAGCUUCUAAAGAAGUACAAAGCAGGGACGCUAACCAUUCAAGAAAUGAUCACCGUCGUCACCACCCUCAUCACCGAGAGAGAGAAAAAGAGCGGCCAACAGCCCGGAGGCGUGGAAGGCCCCUGCCGAGAGGAGAGAACAUCCGGGAGAGCUGCCAGCGCCCCUUCUCCACAGGACCAACAAGCGGAAAAGACUCUCCGGCUCGCGACCGUCGAUGUAUCGGUCGGCGAGUUCCAAGGGCGAAAGGUCUCCGUGUGGGAACUUCUCUUCUCCAAAUACCUCUCGGAAGAGAAAAGGCAGGAGCUCCUGGAGCAGUACCGAGCAGGGACGGUGACUCUGGAGGAGCUGGUCAGAAUCCUCACCACCAUCGUUGAGGAGACAGAAGAGAGAAGCAGCAAAGUGAAGUUCUCAGGCCUCAGGAGGCAGGUGACUGCCUCAGAGCUGUUCAGCUCUGACAUUAUUGACCAGAACACGCUGACUGAACUCACCCAGGGCACCAAGACGGUGCAGGAGAUCACGGAAAUGGAUUCCGUAAAGAGAUACCUCGAAGGAACUAGCUGCAUCGCCGGAGUCCUUGUGCCGUCCAACACGGACCCGUCCAAGACAGAGAAGAUGAGCAUCUACCAGGCCAUGGGGAAGGGGAUUCUGAGGCCGGGCACCGCGCUGGUGCUGCUGGAGGCGCAGGCUGCCAGCGGCUUUAUCACUGACCCGCUGAAGAACGAGAAGCUGUCCGUCGAUGAAGCCGUCUCCGCCGGCCUGGUGGGCCGUGAGAUUCACGAGAAGCUGCUCUCUGCAGAGAGAGCAGUGACCGGAUACACUGACCCCUACACAGGCAACAAGAUCUCCCUCUUCCAGGCCAUGAAGAGAGACCUGAUAGUCAAGGACCACGGCAUCCGCCUGCUGGAGGCCCAGAUCGCCACCGGCGGCAUCAUCGACCCCGUGCACAGUCACCGCCUCCCCGUGGAGGUGGCUUACAAGCGGGGCUACUUCGACGAAGAGAUGAACCGGAUCCUCUCUGACCCCAGCGACGACACCAAGGGCUUCUUCGACCCCAACACGCACGAGAACCUCACCUACAUGCAGCUCCUCAGCAGAUGCGUCCCAGACCCAGACACGGGGCUCCUGAUGCUUCAGCUGAUGCACAAAGGCUCCGUGCUCUUCCAGCUAGAUGAAAAAACACGAAUCUCCUUACAGUCUGCCCCUGCCAGCGUCAGCGUGGGACUCUUCCAGGGGCAGAACGUGACCGUGUGGGAGCUUCUCUUCUCCAGAUACGUCCCUGACCAAAAAAGGCAGGAGCUUCUGAGGAAGUACAAAGCGGGGACGCUAACCAUUCAGGAAAUGACAACCAUCAUCACCGCCCUCAUCACCGAGGCAGAGCAAAAGAGCAGCAGAGAGCCCAGGCACGUGAAAAGUCCGAGCACGCAACGGGCAACGUCACAGAACGCCGAGGCUGCCCGUUCGCAGAGAGACGAAAAACGGGAGAAGGCCUUGAAGACUACGACAGUCGACGGGCCGGGGGGCGAGUUCCAAGGGCGAAAGGUCUCUGUGUGGGAUCUGCUCUUCUCCAAAUACGUCCUUGAAGAGAAAAGACAAGAGCUUCUAAAGAAGUACAAAGCAGGGACGCUAACCAUUCAAGAAAUGAUCACCGUCGUCACCACCCUCAUCACCGAGAGAGAGAAAAAGAGCGGCCAACAGCCCGGAGGCGUGGAAGGCCCCUGCCGAGAGGAGAGAACAUCCGGGAGAGCUGCCAGCGCCCCUUCUCCACAGGACCAACAAGCGGAAAAGACUCUCCGGCUCGCGACCGUCGAUGUAUCGGUCGGCGAGUUCCAAGGGCGAAAGGUCUCCGUGUGGGAACUUCUCUUCUCCAAAUACCUCUCGGAAGAGAAAAGGCAGGAGCUCCUGGAGCAGUACCGAGCAGGGACGGUGACUCUGGAGGAGCUGGUCAGAAUCCUCACCACCAUCGUUGAGGAGACAGAAGAGAGAAGCAGCAAAGUGAAGUUCUCAGGCCUCAGGAGGCAGGUGACUGCCUCAGAGCUGUUCAGCUCUGACAUUAUUGACCAGAACACGCUGACUGAACUCACCCAGGGCACCAAGACGGUGCAGGAGAUCACGGAAAUGGAUUCCGUAAAGAGAUACCUCGAAGGAACUAGCUGCAUCGCCGGAGUCCUUGUGCCGUCCAACACGGACCCGUCCAAGACAGAGAAGAUGAGCAUCUACCAGGCCAUGGGGAAGGGGAUUCUGAGGCCGGGCACCGCGCUGGUGCUGCUGGAGGCGCAGGCUGCCAGCGGCUUUAUCACUGACCCGCUGAAGAACGAGAAGCUGUCCGUCGAUGAAGCCGUCUCCGCCGGCCUGGUGGGCCGUGAGAUUCACGAGAAGCUGCUCUCUGCAGAGAGAGCAGUGACCGGAUACACUGACCCCUACACAGGCAACAAGAUCUCCCUCUUCCAGGCCAUGAAGAGAGACCUGAUAGUCAAGGACCACGGCAUCCGCCUGCUGGAGGCCCAGAUCGCCACCGGCGGCAUCAUCGACCCCGUGCACAGUCACCGCCUCCCCGUGGAGGUGGCUUACAAGCGGGGCUACUUCGACGAAGAGAUGAACCGGAUCCUCUCUGACCCCAGCGACGACACCAAGGGCUUCUUCGACCCCAACACGCACGAGAACCUCACCUACAUGCAGCUCCUCAGCAGAUGCGUCCCAGACCCAGACACGGGGCUCCUGAUGCUUCAGCUGAUGCACAAAGGCUCCGUGCUCUUCCAGCUAGAUGAAAAAACACGAAUCUCCUUACAGUCUGCCCCUGCCAGCGUCAGCGUGGGACUCUUCCAGGGGCAGAACGUGACCGUGUGGGAGCUUCUCUUCUCCAGAUACGUCCCUGACCAAAAAAGGCAGGAGCUUCUGAGGAAGUACAAAGCGGGGACGCUAACCAUUCAGGAAAUGACAACCAUCAUCACCGCCCUCAUCACCGAGGCAGAGCAAAAGAGCAGCAGAGAGCCCAGGCACGUGAAAAGUCCGAGCACGCAACGGGCAACGUCACAGAACGCCGAGGCUGCCCGUUCGCAGAGAGACGAAAAACGGGAGAAGGCCUUGAAGACUACGACAGUCGACGGGCCGGGGGGCGAGUUCCAAGGGCGAAAGGUCUCUGUGUGGGAUCUGCUCUUCUCCAAAUACGUCCUUGAAGAGAAAAGACAAGAGCUUCUAAAGAAGUACAAAGCAGGGACGCUAACCAUUCAAGAAAUGAUCACCGUCGUCACCACCCUCAUCACCGAGAGAGAGAAAAAGAGCGGCCAACAGCCCGGAGGCGUGGAAGGCCCCUGCCGAGAGGAGAGAACAUCCGGGAGAGCUGCCAGCGCCCCUUCUCCACAGGACCAACAAGCGGAAAAGACUCUCCGGCUCGCGACCGUCGAUGUAUCGGUCGGCGAGUUCCAAGGGCGAAAGGUCUCCGUGUGGGAACUUCUCUUCUCCAAAUACCUCUCGGAAGAGAAAAGGCAGGAGCUCCUGGAGCAGUACCGAGCAGGGACGGUGACUCUGGAGGAGCUGGUCAGAAUCCUCACCACCAUCGUUGAGGAGACAGAAGAGAGAAGCAGCAAAGUGAAGUUCUCAGGCCUCAGGAGGCAGGUGACUGCCUCAGAGCUGUUCAGCUCUGACAUUAUUGACCAGAACACGCUGACUGAACUCACCCAGGGCACCAAGACGGUGCAGGAGAUCACGGAAAUGGAUUCCGUAAAGAGAUACCUCGAAGGAACUAGCUGCAUCGCCGGAGUCCUUGUGCCGUCCAACACGGACCCGUCCAAGACAGAGAAGAUGAGCAUCUACCAGGCCAUGGGGAAGGGGAUUCUGAGGCCGGGCACCGCGCUGGUGCUGCUGGAGGCGCAGGCUGCCAGCGGCUUUAUCACUGACCCGCUGAAGAACGAGAAGCUGUCCGUCGAUGAAGCCGUCUCCGCCGGCCUGGUGGGCCGUGAGAUUCACGAGAAGCUGCUCUCUGCAGAGAGAGCAGUGACCGGAUACACUGACCCCUACACAGGCAACAAGAUCUCCCUCUUCCAGGCCAUGAAGAGAGACCUGAUAGUCAAGGACCACGGCAUCCGCCUGCUGGAGGCCCAGAUCGCCACCGGCGGCAUCAUCGACCCCGUGCACAGUCACCGCCUCCCCGUGGAGGUGGCUUACAAGCGGGGCUACUUCGACGAAGAGAUGAACCGGAUCCUCUCUGACCCCAGCGACGACACCAAGGGCUUCUUCGACCCCAACACCCACGAGAACCUCACCUACAUGCAGCUCCUCAGCAGAUGCAUCCCAGACCCAGACACGGGGCUCUGUUUGCUGAAAGUGGGGAUGGACUAAUUAUAUUUCAUUUUAUCACUCUGAUCCCAGUUUUGUUUUGUUUUGCAAAUAGCACUUUUCAGUCCUUUGUCUCCACUCAUUCUGUCUCUGUGAGCACUGGAAUUCUGUCCCUCUAAUUGUGUGGUGAAGUUCCCAGCAUUCUUUGCAGUUCAAAGGUCUUAGUGAGUCUUCUCUUUAUUAUCACCCCCUUUUACGCAGGACUGUCCACUAGCUGCUUGCUGUGGAAUACCAUGUUAUUUGUCUCCCAGGUUGUCCGGGAUAUUGGGUCCCUGAUUUGUACAGUGCUCAGGGUCAUGCGGGAAUCGUACGGAAUAACCUUAGGGAAUCUCAGGGUAACGUGCAAUCCCUGUGAUGCUCCUGGACCAAUCAGCGCAUCGUGACCACUGUGGGAAGGAUAAGCACUCAGCGUACGCUAGGGUAAGGGAGGAAGGGCUGGAUCUUCUCUUUAGAGUUUCUGCUCAGGAUAGUUCUAGAACUGGAAUUCCAAUAUUUAUGCAGGUCAGAGUUGAGGUGCAGGAGCUGAGCCAUGGGUGGGCUAACCCUGGACUGGAGUGGCGGGGGAGACUGUGGAUCUGGACUGAGGAGUAGCAGCAGCAGAGCUGGGUGAAAGUCAGAACUGGAAGAUCAUGGGGACUUGGUGGGAGUGUGGUGUAUUGACGAGCAGCAGAGGGGUGCACAGCAUUGGCCUGCACUCGUCUAGUCGAUUAGAUUUAGUUUCUCCAGGUGCAAUCGUUCCUGAGUGAUCCAAUCCUAUGUGAGUCCUUAGCUGGGAUAUUGUGUCCCUCCCGUUACAAGCACUAGACUCACUCACAAACACAGUAGUAUGUUGUUUUCAAAGUCCCCCUUCCUGCCUGACAGCUGCCCUCGAGCUGAGCUCUGUGGAAUCUAGCCAGGAGCUGAGGAAUCACGAGGCGAAUUUUCAUGAGGGUUUGUUUAUUCAAACUUGGGUUUGCAACAUGCACUUUUCAGUGGAGCAGCCAGAAGUAAAGGGGCCUUUCCCCUCUGACAGGGCAUUUCCAGACAGCUCGACCCCAGCCUCAGCUUCUCUGCUCCUUCCAACUCCUGAGCUCGCUUUGCCAAUGUUCUAUGCCUGCUUGGAGCCUCCCUGGGGCAAGGGCCAUGUGCUGCCCAUGCCGCAUUCGCCCGGAAGAAAUGUUUCCUGCACUGGGGUUUGUCACAGGGGGUGCCCAGGCGCUGACUAGCUCUCCUGACUCAAUA